ACCCGACAACCCCCUGCUCACUUCCUCACCCCGACACACCAACCUCCAUCCUCUCUCUUCCUUACAAUCUGAUACCAAAACUACUUUAUUUCUCUCCAUACCAUUUCUUCUACUAGCUAUCUAUCAUGGCAUCAGUACUUUUUCCUCUCUUAGCAUGCUCUUUGAUGACCAUUGCAUGGGCUGGAAACUUCUACCAGGACUUCGACAUCACUUGGGGUGAAGGGCGUGCGAAGAUCCUCGACAAUGCCCAGCUCCUCACUCUCUCCCUCGACAAAUCCUCCGGCUCCGGCUUCCAGUCCAAGAACGAGUAUCUCUUCGGCAAGAUAGACAUGCAGCUAAAGCUCGUCCCUGGGAACUCCGCUGGCACCGUCACUGCCUACUACCUGUCUUCACAAGGACCAAGUCAUGAUGAGAUCGACUUCGAGUUCCUCGGAAACCUCGGUGGAGACCCUUACACCCUCCACACCAAUGUGUUCACCCAGGGGAAGGGGAACAGAGAGAUGCAGUUCCACCUCUGGUUCGAUCCCACCAAGGACUUCCACACCUACUCCAUCCUGUGGAACCCCAGACACGUUAUCUUCAUGGUUGAUGGAAUACCGAUCAGAGAUUUCAAGAACCUGGAGUCGAGGGGCGUCGCGUUUCCAAAGAGCCAACCCAUGAGGAUCUACUCCAGCCUUUGGAAUGCUGAUGACUGGGCUACGCAGGGUGGGCGCAUCAAGACUGACUGGACGAAUGCCCCCUUCACUGCCUCGUACAGGAAUUUCAAUGCCGAUGCCUGCAUCUGGUCCUCUGGUACCUCCAAUUGUCCUAAUUCACAGAAAUCUGACAAUGCUGGCUGGUGGAACCAGGAGCUAGAUUCCGCAAGCCAACAGAGGAUGAGAUGGGCGCAGCAGAACUACAUGAUCUACAACUACUGCACUGACCUCAACCGGUUCCCUCAGGGCCUUCCUCCAGAGUGCUCCAUAGCCUGAAAGAGAGGAGAAAAACAGUGAAUUAACAAGCACCAUUAUUCUUUGAUUCAUUCAUUCUUCUACAUGAUGUUGGCACAUAUACUUCGUUGUCAUUCUUGUCAAAAGACACACAACGCAUUUGUUUUAGAGAAUUAUGUUCUCCAUGUAAUAUGAUACCAUGAAUUAAAAUAAGAGGCACCAGGCUCAGUUCUGUUUGAUCAUUCAGCUGAA